AUGGCUCUCCAGAAGCCAGAAGUUGGCGAUACCCUCUUGGUCAUACAUGACUUCAUUGCUCGUAGCUCCGACGAAUUGAGCCUAACCAAGGGCGACCGAGUUGAGUUAAUAGAACGAGAUGACGAGUUUGGAGAUGGAUGGUUUCUGGGCAAGCACCUUGUGAACGGAAACAGCGGCUUAUUUCCCGAAGUCUACACCAGGCCAGCUCCGAAGAUAGCACCCGCGAAUAACUUCUCGAAACCACUAGCAACGUUACCCGAGGUGGUGAACGAAUCCAAACAAACAAACCCUCCCGACCCGACCGACGACAAGAUUACCACCCCCGCCGCUCCACCCACUCCCACGCCACCGCCCGAGUCUCCGGCUCCCGUUACGCUGCCUCUCAACAACAUCAAGCAAGAGACCGCUGCAAUCGAGAAUGCGCCGCCAGCCGUGAGUGCGCCGCCCUCGGCGGCUCUCGGCCGUAUCAACACGAACCAGGAUCAUGUACUCAGCGAAACCCUCAACGUUAUCGAUGAGCAUAUUACCGAUUUGCGCUCUACACCUAGCACCGGCGCAAUGCGUGCUCCUCCCACCGACUCCGGCAGCGAAUACAGUGCCCAGCUCGAUCAUCGAAUGUCUUACAUUCAUGGCGAAGAAACGGACGAAGAAGAGGAGGGCAUGCAUAGUCGAUCCGAGGUGGAGGCAUGGACGCCGGACCAAGUUGCCGAGUACCUUUUCACAGUCGGCGUUGAGAAAUCGCACUGCGAAGUAUUCCGUGACCAAGAGAUUACCGGUGAAGUAUUGCUGGGCAUGGACCAGAGUUCCCUCUUCAUCAAGGCAUUCGAAUUGGGUUCUGUUGGUAGGAGACUCAAGACGUGGCAGAAGAUCAAGUCUCUGCAAGACGAGUGUAACAACCUAGGUAUCGCGACAAGAAGGACGACGCAGACAUACGGCAGUGACGUGGGCUCGGAAGAUGCGAAGCGGUCUAGAAGCCGGGCCGACACCUUGACCAGCUCAAUGCCCAGGAUGACACCGGUUGACGACAGAGCUAUGUCGUUUUCAAGCAAGCGCCUUUCAUUUUCGCAAACGCCAAAGUUGGAUACAGCAUCAAUUGUGUCGCCAGUCUCCCCGAUUGUCGACAGUCCCACCCGUCCAUCUCACAUGAAACGGCCUUCGGCUGCGUCCGUCAGAGAUUUGCACCACUCUCGCAGACACUCGUCGUCCACCGACUUCCGUUUGACGGGACAACCCAUGGCCAGCACCGUGACACCGAAACUGGCCACGAGUGGAACGUUUCCCCAGACCGAUGGCGCUCAUAAGAAGCAACCAUCAUUCGACAGGAACUGGACCCUUGGCAGCGCUUCAAGCCGACCACUUUCUUCUACUGGGCUCCAAGACGUCAUGCAACAGUCUGGUCUACACGCUCCAGAGUCCGCCAUCGAUACCGACCGUGGUUACUUUAGCGGCACUGAAGUCGACGGCCGACGCCGCAACGUGCUUAGGAAGCGCGAUAGCACCGCCAGCCACGGCCGAAAGAAUAGUUACGCCGAGGAGCAACGGGUGCGCAGUGCUACCGCCAUUUCGAGGCACUCAAGAUUCGGAAGCGUCGACUCAAACCGUGACAGCGUGGCCUCUCCUGCCGCGCAAAAAUACUACGGCAUGCAGUCCACCGCCCACAGAAGAACUGCCUCAACAAGUACCACUCAGUCUGCGCGGCCCGUGCCUCCCGUCAAGGACGUUGGAGCACCCAGCGUCACGAAGCUCGAAGGCAAGACUCGUGCCUCUCCGGUGCCCGAGUCUCCUGCGGCCCGCCAGGGAAUCCACGCUGAGUGGCUUUCUGCUGUUGUUAAGCCCUCGAUGAAGGUGGCCGGCUUGCGCGCAAUUUCGGAUUCAGUCUCGAGCGAUCGCAACAAGGUGGCUUCGCCAAUCGACCCAUCUUUGAAGGACUCGCCUUUGCCCUCGCCCGCUAGAACCGGAUCGAGUACUCCCUCUGCCGGGCCCAGCUUCGAGCUCGAUUCUCCUGAUACCGCAAAGAGCCCUAGUACUGCCACCACCGUGGCGAGUAAGGGCAGUAGGAAGAAGGGCAAGAAGGAGACGAGUGCUUACCAACGGGGACUUCUGAAGAUCAGCCCCGCUGAAGCCGUCAAAGAUGCCGACUACAGCGGGUGGAUGAGAAAGAAGAGCUCCAACCUCAUGACGACAUGGAAGCCCCGAUUGUUUGUGCUCAAAGGACGCCGACUUUCAUACUACUAUUCGGAGAAUGACGAUCAAGAAAAGGGACUCAUUGAUAUUUCCUUCCACCGUGUUCUUCCAGCCGACAAUGAACAGCUGACCGGACUUCACGCCAAGCUUACUGGCGCAGGUGCUACCACCGGACACGACGCCAACACUGGAGAAAAGGGGGAUGAUACCAUGUUUAUCUUUAAGCUUGUUCCACCACGCGCAGGCCUGUCCCGCGCCGUGAACUUCACCAAGCCGACUGUUCACUACUUUGCAGUCCCCAAUCUCAAGUCAGGAAGAUUGUGGAUGGCAGCCCUCAUGAAGGCCACCAUUGACCGAGAUGAUACCCAGGCGAUAACAACGACGUAUCAACAAAAGACCAUUUCCCUUGCCAAGGCAAGACAGCAGCGACACCGCCCUCCUGCGUUGAUGAACCUCGAAGAAGCUCAAGAAGAUGAGAGAAGACGAGCACUCGAGGCGAAGAAGAACGCAGACUCCCUCGGCAUUACCUUUGGUGAGACCGACAGCGGGGUAUCCGGCAUGGAGAAGCCAAACUUCCCCAAGGUGGAGAGUGCCGACCCUCGGAAGUUGGCUUUUGAAUCGGAGAACAAUGGUACGGCCGGAGCACCGCCACAGAGUGCUUAG